AUGGAGGAGACUGUUUCAGCAGUCCAGGUUUACAACAGUAAUUCUUCCAAGGCCCUCCUUCCUCACUCCCCAAACACUCAGAACACCCAGUGUGCCACUGGACGAUUUAGACUGGUGCCGUCAACGGGCCAUCUGUAUUAUUACCAUGGAGAGGACGAGCUGGGCCGACUGCAGCAAAUAGAAAAGGAAGACUCUGUAACGAAGAUCUGUCUGCACUGCAAGUGUCCCCAGGAGGAACACAUCGUGACGGUGAUGCCUUUGGAAAUGGAGAAGACGGUCAGUAAGCUCAUGUUUGACUUCCAGAGGAACUCGACCUCUGACGACGACUCAGGCUGUGCCUUGGAGGAGUAUGCCUGGGUCCCGCCGGGGCUGAAGCCUGAACAGGUUCACCAGUAUUAUAGCUGUCUCCCAGAAGAGAAGGUGCCCUAUGUCAAUAGUCCUGGAGAAAAGCUGAGGAUCAAGCAGCUCUUGCAUCAGCUGCCUCCGCACGACAAUGAGGUUCGGUAUUGUAAUUCCUUGGAUGAGGAGGAGAAGAGGGAGCUCAAACUCUUCAGCAACCAAAGGAAACGGGAGAAUCUGGGCCGAGGAAACGUCAGGCCGUUUCCUGUCACUAUGACAGGAGCCAUUUGUGAACAGUGUGGAGGCCAGAUUAAUGGAGGCGACAUUGCUGUGUUUGCAUCGAGAGCCGGGCAUGGGGUGUGUUGGCACCCCUCAUGCUUCAUGUGCACGGUUUGUAACGAGCUCCUGGUGGACCUGAUCUAUUUCUACCAAGAUGGAAAGAUGUACUGUGGCAGGCACCAUGCUGAAUGCCUGAAACCUCGCUGUGCAGCUUGUGAUGAGAUCAUCUUUGCGGAUGAAUGCACAGAGGCUGAGGGCCGGCACUGGCACAUGAAGCAUUUCUGCUGUUUUGAGUGUGAAGCGGUGUUGGGUGGUCAGCGCUACAUCAUGAAGGAGGGGAGACCCUACUGCUGCCGCUGCUUCGAAUCCCUGUACGCGGAGUACUGCGACGCCUGUGCCCAGCACAUAGGCAUCGACCAAGGUCAGAUGACCUAUGAUGGCCAGCACUGGCACGCUACGGAAACCUGCUUCUGCUGUGCUCACUGCAAGAAGUCUCUCCUGGGGCGGCCCUUCCUGCCAAAGCAAGGCCAGAUCUUCUGCUCACGGGCCUGCAGCGCCGGAGAGGAUCCCAAUGGCUCUGACUCCUCGGACUCCGCGUUUCAGAACGCCCGGGCCAAGGAGUCCCGGCGCAGCGCCAAAAUCGGUAAGAACAAAGGCAAGGCGGAGGAGUCCCUGCUGAACCCGUGCGGCCAGCUGCAGGUGACCUCUAACCGGCUCUCGGCCGACGUGGACCCCCUGUCCCUGCAGAUGGAUCUACUGAGUCUGUCGAGCCAGACGCCCAGUCUCAACAGGGAGCACAUCUGGCGGAGUCGAGAUGAGCUCUACCACUACGGGAACAAGAUGGAGCAGAGCCCGUCCCAGAGCCCCAUGCAGCUCCUCAGCCAGUGCAACAUGCGAACUUCCUAUAACCCGGCGCAGGUGGCCGCGGCACAGCCUGACCUGUGGGGAAAGCAUUUCAGCAAUCCCAAAAGGAGCUCCUCCCUGGCCAUGAAGGGACACAGCGGCAGUUUCAUGAAGGAAUGUCGGGAGGACUAUUACCCGGCCAGACUGCGCUCCCAAGAAAGCUAUAGCGAUAUGUCCAAUCAGAGUUUUAGCGAAACCCGAGGAAAUAUGAAAGUCCCCAAAUAUGAGGAGGAGGAAGAGGAAGGCGGCAUGUCCUCCCAGCCCUGCCGCACCCGCCAUCCACUCAGUGCAAUGAAGUAUACAGAGGAUCUCACCCCUACGGAGCAAACCCCGCGGGGCUCCAUGGAAUCCCUGGCGCUGUCCAACGCGACAGGCCUCUCAGCUGACGGUGGUGCCAAGCGACAGGAGCAUCUUUCCCGAUUUUCAAUGCCUGAUCUGAGUAAAGACUCAGGGAUGAAUGUCUCAGAGAAACUGAGCAACAUGGGGACCCUCAAUUCAUCCAUGCAGUUCCGCAGCGCAGAGUCUGUCCGCAGCCUCCUGUCUGCCCAGCAGUACCAGGACAUGGAGAGCAACCUCCACCAGCUGUCUACCCCCAUCAGAUACAGGGACCUGCAGUCGCGGGGAAGGAUGCACCAAAGCUUCGAUCUUGAUGGGGGCAUAUCCAGCAGUAAGCUGCCAGGCCAGGAUGGAGCCAGGAUCCAGCCGAUGAGCGAACGUACCCGCCGGCGGGCAAGCCCCCGGGAUGAUGCCCGCCGCUUUCGGCCCCACCGCUCCCGGCGCUCCCGAAGAUCUCGUUCUGACAACGCCCUCCAUCUGGCCAGCGAAAGGGAGGCCAUCUGCCGAUUGAAAGAGCGGCCCCCACUGAGAGCCCGGGAGGACUAUGACCAGUUCAUGCAUCAGAGGAGCUACAGGGAGAGCCUGGAGCAGGGGUCCCGCCGGGAACUCUAUGGCCAGUGCCCACGGACUGUCUCCGACCUGGCUUUGCAGAACGCCUUUGGGGAACGCUGGGGACCCUACUUUGCCGAAUACGACUGGUGCUCUACCUGCUCCUCCUCUUCUGAAUCCGACAACGAGGGCUAUUUCCUGGGGGAGCCUAUCCCCCAACCAGCGCGUCUGCGGUACGUCACCAGUGAAGAGCUUCUGCACAAGUACGGCUCCUAUGGCGUCCCCAAAUCCUCCACGUUGGGGGGCAGAGGACAGUUGCACAGCCGGAAAAGACAGAAGAGCAAAAACUGCAUCAUAUCCUAAUGUCCCUCCUGCAGCAGGCGGGAGCUGAGAAUGUAAAUCCAUACACUUGCACUGUUUUUGAAUUUAAAGCGCUUUUACCUUGUUUGUCACUAAAGGCCCUGACAACCGAGAUGGAGGCAAAGUUAGGGAAUCGGCUUCUAGAGAUAGUCACGGUUCUUGGCAUGGUGAAUAUUUUUUUUUUGCACAUCUCACUUUGGAAACACUUCGGACUGUCCCUUUGUCUGAGUGGUUGUGUUCCUUUAUCUCCGGUUCUGUGUUCAGUUACCACACUUUAGCAAAUUAUUUACUCCCCGCUUCUCUUAAUAUCUCAUUUUUAGGACUCUUUUUUUUUCUUCCAGUAAGUGAUUUGUUUAUCAGCCAGUACCCAAGACUAAGUUAUUUACAUGUCCAUUGUAAAUGCAAUGUAAAUGAGAGUUCUGAUAAAAAAUAUUUUUGUAUUUUGUAAUAUCAGAGGAAUUUCUAUAUCGUAGGACUCAGUGGGAAAUUGCAUGAACAGCCAGCAUUGUCAAGUAGAAUUAAAAGAUGGUUUCAGGCCAUCAGGUUUUUUUCUUUCCCUUUUUAGAUUUCUAUAUAAAAUUUGUUAUAUAUCAGUGAGACAUUUUUUUCAAAGGAGUAUAUACAUAUAUUGUGUGUGUAUAUAUGCACAUGCACACAAACAUACAGUUUGACUCUCUGUGGCUGGAAAAUAAAAACAACAGCAAAACAGCAUAGAAACACAAAGCAUCUAAUGCUUCUUUCCAUCUAAAGGAGUCUACAGGGUUUAUUUACUGAAGUCUGCUCACACCCUCAGUAGAAGUUGCUUUCUAUCCAGCGAUAAUCAUUUUUGAAAAUUGCAGUUGUAACUUUCACCAAUUUCAGAAGCUAGCCAGUGUCAGUGAAGUCCAAUGAGAAAAGCCAUCUCCAUUGGGGACAUUGAGAUUGCUUCACAUUGAUCUAUUCCUUGGGGAAUUUUUUUUUAAAGUGUCCGUGGUUCCAUUGUGUGGUGUCUGCAUGGCCCUGUUCUGAGUGUGGUGCUGUUGUUUCCUGGAUUAUGUUAUCUGCUUUCCUUGACCAAGGCAGAGGGAGGACUGCCAUCAUAGAUAGACAACCCAGUAGCCUUAAAGCACAUGAAUUCUAACUUUGGGAGCUCAAGUCAAAAGGAAAUUCUAGCAGGUGGGACAGAGUUUGAGGUGAUUUGUUCUCUCUGGGUCGUUCAUCAAAGGGCAAGAUAAAUUGUAAACAGGAAGCAGGUCAAAGGUAGAAAUUGAAGUUAGCGAGAACAGAAGAGGAGACAAGUGUUUCCCAGCUAACUGAGAUUCUAUUGGGAAUAUUGCUUCCCUUGUCUCUCUCUGGUUUCGAUGAGGAAAUUUAAGGAUACUUCUCAAAAUAGUUCCCACUUUAGGAAAUCUUCAGUAGUCAAGGUAUCUGACUUACUUUAACAGGUCAAGAGAGCUGGGGUUAGUAUAGAAAGCCUGUUAAUCCCAUUGGCUAUAAAAGGAGAAACCACUGAGAAGGAAGAUUUCCAACUGGAAGCUUGGGUCAAAAGGCAAGGAAGGAGUGUGCAUUUACCUAAAGAAGACAUUUGGGCCUGUGUUGUCUACCGUAAGGCUAUUUUUCCUACUUUGAUUCUAUUAAAAAGAAACAAACCAUGGAGAAGCACCUACAUUGCUUCUACUCCUUUCUCAUCCUUCACUGAUUAUGGCAGUUAAGAUAAUCCGACAGAGAACUGACAUUAAGUGAAACCUAUGUUUAAGUGUGUUACACUUUGUAUCUCAUUGGUAACUGGCCUUGGUGAGGAGCACGUGAUGAUUUUCCAGUAUAGUACAUGCCUUUUCUUAGUAUUUUUCUUUUUAUUAAGAGGAAGUGAUAAGCAGAUUUUCAGAUCCCAUCCUAAAUGGGUCUGGGGGAAGGAAGGCUUUAAAGGAAAUAUAUAUAUAUAUAUAUGGCACUCAAUGCAGGAUAUAUGAAAAUAAUUUGCUUUUCAGGUAUAAAUAGAACAUUUGUCAUUGUCACUGAUUAAAAAAAAAAGCAAUGCAGAUGUUGGUCGUGGCAGUUUCCCGCAUGCUAUGUUUCAUAUCUAAGCGCUUUGUUAAUUAUCUGAGCCUCUGGAGAAUUAAGUGUUACGUUUGUAUAAUAAGUUUGUAAACUGCUUGGCAAACUGAUUAAGAAAUAAUCUGCAACCCCACUCUAUUAAGUGGCAGGUUUCUGGUAGAAAGACAUGAUGUAUUCAAAGUUUUGAUCUCACUGAUGGGAAUGAAAAGAAAUUUUGAAAAGGGGAGAAUUGAAUGAUUAUAGAACAGCUGAGAAGUUGUCUCCUAUUUCCCCCAUUCCAACAAAAGAAUCUCUCUCUGUAACAUUGUUCCUUAACAGCCCUUCGAAGUAUCCUACUUCCCUUGCCAAAACAAGGCUUUAAAUCACUUCAUGUCCACUGAAGAAGAAAAGAGACCUAGAAAUUUACAUCUAUUAAUUACCCCAAAGGGACAAGGCAAAAGAAGGAAGAGGUCAUCCCCAUAAUGUCUUUGUUCUCUCACAUCCACCUUGGUUCAAUUAUUUUAGCUAGGUAACAGUCAACUAGCUUGGUCUAUUCUGUGAUCAUGGACAGCUCCCCCAGCUUUAGCAGACCACUUUCCCCCAAAAUGCCACUGAUAAUAAGAGGGAGCAGGAUAACAGAGGGCGAAGUAGUGAAGAAGUCAUGCCCAUUAUUCCACUGUUACUAGAAAAACAAAUCCAAGUAAAAGUUCUCUGGAAACCCAGGGAAUCCCCAAUAGAUCAUCAUUAUAUAUGAAGCCAGCUCGCUAACUAGUGAGUAUUUAAUUCUCAUCUACUUGAUUCCUCUAGGCAAUUUCUCUUCUCUCUUAAGUAGGUAGAGGGACAAUUUGGGAUCCUUGGUUGAUAGACUCGUUUAAAGAGCUGUAAUGUGGGCAGUCACUCUUCCAGUGCAGUUAAAGCUCCUCUGUAACUUUGAGAGAAGGGAGGAGGGUAUAUUUUCUCUCUUCUUUGAGAGAAGGUAUGGCUGUGACAUUCAUCAUCCUUGAGACAACUUUGUGAAGAUUCUAUCACUGUUUAGCUUGUCAGUUCUUCAGACAGCAGAUAUGGGCCAUCCCUGCCUUCAGACCCGUGACUUUCCCAGCUUGGCAGGACCUUCCAGAACAUGAAUUCCACUUGUACAUCCUUUAAGAACUCAGGGUCACUUCCAUGACUGGCUAAAAGAUUGAGGGAGGGCUUCUAGAGAUCAAACAUCAUGAUCCUCUCUUAAUAUUGAUUGAAAGAAUCCUGGGUCUGAACCCUAGCCCUUGACUCCUCAUAGAUAGACCUUUUAUGUUCAAAAGGGCAUUUAGCCAUAGAUGGAUAGGUUGCAGUCUGCAUCACAGGAGGGAGCACAUACAGCUAAGAUCAAAGAUCUCUCUAAGGGAAUUCACCUUGAUACAUUGCCCCUGGUUUCCCUUCCCCCUUUAUAUAUUGGUUUUGUUCAUUCACUCUUGGUACUGAUCUCUUCUGUCUUAUGCAUACUUCAGAUUUGAAAUUAGGUUCACAUUCUUUUGCAGAUGAAUUCAAUGAAAAAGGAAUUGACCCUUUCCCAACCCCUCUAAAUUUAAGCAGUGAGAUUCUCAGAGCAAUUGUCUGAAUAGAUAUAGCUGUAACAGGGAGUGUCAAGUUUUUGAAGAGCCAGAGAGUUUGCCCAAUUUAAUGAAGAUUUUAAAAGUCAAUAUACUUGAAAUAACCAACCAACCUCCUGAGUCAUGGUAGGAGAGUAAAAUUUACAGAAUGCAACCAAACUGCUGUAGAAUGGAGGGUAAGAGAUAUUUCAAACAUCUUAGCUGUCUUAUCACUCUAGAUGGUCUAUUUUUCUCAUGCGGCAGAACUUUCCUGAUGAAAUUAGUGGUCAUUUAUUCACGCAACCUUUUGUUGUGCAUUCACGGAAUCACAGAAUUUUUAAAUUGGAAGGAACCUCAGUGACCAUCUUAAUCCAAACUAUACCUGCAAAAGAAUCCCUUCUGAAAGAUCCAACAAGUGAUUUUUCCAUCUUCUGCCAGAAGCCUUUGAAAGAAGGAAAAUUCACUGCUUUCUGAGGUAGCCAAUUCCAGUAUUGGACAGCUUAAAUAAUAGGAAAUAAAUCAUGACCUCAAGCCUAAAUUUGUCACUUUUCAACUGCUACCCAUUAUUCCUGCUCCUUCUCUAGGAGUGUGGGUCAGGGUGGGAAGAGAAGAGGCAAAUCUAUCACUUUGAGUCUUCCUAUCUAUGGACCUACUCACUUCUGGAACAGCCACUGAGUGUGAAAGUGUGGGGAAGGCGAGAUAUCAGGACAGUAAUUCCUGGCUCCCAGCCUAUUAGAGGGCAGGGCAAAGUGUCUCCUAUUUUCAGUUGCCUAUCUCCAUCUUUUGGUAACCCAUUUAUUUAUCUACCCACCCCCACGGAUCAGCCUAAUGCAUCCUUCAUCUUCCUACUCCAAGACCCAGAAGCAGUUGUUUCUCUUCCUUCUAUGUCCCUGCAAUAGAAUAAGAUGUGCUGAUAAAAAGAUUCCCAGAAUCUCCCUGUUCUCUAGCUUUGUGCUUUGGGGACACUGGUGGCCAUGGUUGAGUUCAUCAUAUUAAAUGCCCUUAACUUGUGAGCUGAAAGGAAUACCAGAGCUACAGAGAGAGGAAUCAGCAGUGGUGGCAUCUUCAAGCUCAGCAAGCCCAGGGGAGCAUGGCUUUCUAGGCCUCACCAUAGAAACUACUUGGAUGCCCUCAUCUUUCCUUGUGUUUAUUGUCAACUUGUGCAAACAAACCUCUUGCCUCUUAUUUCCUUUUUAUGAUGAUGCAUUGUGAUUCUUCUAAUUCCUUCCUCAAGGAGGAAAAUAAGAUGAAGAAUAAGCAACAUGAGAACAAUGUGCUGGGUGUAUUUUCCCAUCAUCCAGGAAUUGAAGAGAAUGCCCUCAGUCUCCCAGAAGCACAAGUCUCCCAAGGCAGAAUAGAGCAUUGAGACAAUUACUUGGGUAACUCAAGUCCCCACAGUUAAUGCUGUAUCUUACCUGUAGCCGACUGAGGAUGACGUUUGAAUUUAAGGGAAUCCUUGCCCACGUGCAAGUCAGAAGUACCGGAAGUCAGUUUCAAAUGGUGUCUUCCUGGGAUGCUUUUGUUCAAGCCACAUAAGACUCGGCUAUGAAGGAAACUUUACAAGCCAGGUUGGGAACCAACAAGCUGUCCACCUUUCUUGAUCAACAGGGAAUAUGGCUAGUUGGAGUGAUUUGUUAAAAGCAGUUAUCCAAGUUGGGGGAAUUAGAUUUCUUUUCCAUUUUCUAAUAAAAUUCAGAUUAGUAACUCUAAUCAACAUAAAAAUCCCAUAAAACAUGAGAUUGUUAGGAGGCAUAAUGUUUAAUAAACGUAUUUCCUGCCUACAAAACUAGA